CAAAAAUAAAUCAAUGUUUUCAUCAGAGAAUUGUUCCUUUAAAAGUAGAGUACCUAAUAAUUAUCUAAAACAACAUAAAUUAUGAAUGCUGCUACACGAAAAGGCCCGGUGUUCGAUCCUGGGCUAUGCCGAUGCUGUGGCAACAUUAAAAAAUGCCGGCUUUUGAAUGUGGAAUACGAGUGGUGCGGAAAAAAAGAGAUUUAUAGUGACAUGUUUGUUGAUUGUUUCGGUUUAUUUCUAACAAACCUGGAUAGUGAACCUACUGAGCGUCUGAUCUGUGCGACCUGCGUUACAAGACUGCGGGAGGCGACCUGUUUCAAACAACAAGUACUGCAGUGCGAGCAAAGGCUUCUGCAAACUGAGAUCAAGGUUCAUGUUGAAGAAGAAGUGAAGGCAGAAGAUGGAGCCAUGAAAGAAGAAUUGUUUGAUGCGAACAAUGCAUUAGAUUGUUCACCAAUGAGUGAUGAUGAUGGUGAACGAAUAGAUAACGAUAUGGACAGCAUAAAAAGCGAUCCGGAAUAUAAGCCUGCAAAGAAGAUAAAACGGAAAAAGAAGACAGUCAAAGUCCGUCGGAAGAAGAGAGCUAAAAAAGAGAUUGAGAAACCUGAGAAAGAUCGAGAAACAAUUGAGAAAUAUGAUGUAACUGACGAGAAACCGACACAGAUGCAGGAUGUCGACGUCGAAACGCACAAGCCGAAGAAGCGUGUCAUAGACAACGAGGUCAAAUCGUUCCACAACACUGUGACCUUAGUCGAAAAUACGUUCGUAUGUCCGUUCGACACCUCAUUCUCGGAUUACUAUUGCGUAUACUGCAGAGAAGUGCACACGGAUCCGGUGAAAUUGAGAGAGCACACGUUGACACACGAUCCUACAACGUUCAAGGACGUGUUCAACAAGAAACAUCCGCAAAUCGAUAUAACAAAAAUCGAUUGUCGCAUCUGCACCGCCGCCAUAGACAACGUGGACGAUGCCAAGCGACAUUUGACAGAUGCCCACGAGCGAUUUCUGCACGAGGAUGUGACGAAUGAAUUUUUGAAAUUCAAAUUGACAGUUCGGAAUUUGAAGUGUUUAGAGUGUGACGCGUCGUUUAGUUUUUUUCACGCGUUGAAAAAACACACGGCCGAACAUUUCGGCUCUUGCGUUUGCGAUGUAUGCGGAGCUCAUUAUUUCGAAGAGAGAAUGCUGGUUCUCCAUCAGAAGACUCACCAGAGAACGGACGAGAGUUAUCCGUGCAAGGAGUGCGGUAAAGCGUUCAAAUCUAAACACAGCCGACAUUUGCACGAAGCAAGAACACAUAAGAAGGAGCCGGCGUAUCAUUGUAACAAAUGCGAUGAGAUUUUGUUCAGCUAUUCUUUGAGGUACAGACACAUGAUCGAAGUGCACGGUGAGCAGAGGAUGUAUCCGUGCGAAUCCUGUGAUCGCUCUUACGACAGCCGUAAAAGCCUUAGGGAGCACAACAGGCGUUUCCACCUCAAGAUAUAUAAACACCAGUGCGAUCUGUGCGACAAGAGAUUCUAUCUGCCGUCGCGUUUGAAGGAACAUCUUGCCACGCACACGGGUGAGAGGAAUUACAGAUGUGAAUAUUGCGGUAAGAGUUAUCCGAGACUUCGCGGUCUCAAAGUGCACAUGCAGUCGCACAAUUCGGAAAAGAAGUACAAAUGUGUUCUGUGCAUGGCGUCGUUUACACAGAACGUUAAUCUAAAGAACCAUAUGAAGAGGCAGCACCAAACGGACGGCGAAUAUCACGAGGUUUCUCAGUAAUUUCUCGGCUAUCACGAUGUUUCUCGGCGGUUUCUCGCCUACCACGAUGUUUCUCAUUGUUUUCACGAAUUAAUAAAAUUAUGUUUCUCAGUGAAUUCUUGGACUAUUACUACUAUAUAAUUGAAUCCUCUGAAAAUUAUCUCAAUGAAUGAUGUGACGUCAAUAAGUGAACCUUGUAUCCAAUUUUGAAAAUAAAUCUAUUCUAAUUUUUUUUUGUUAUAGAUAUAGAUUAUAGAAAUACGAUACAAUACUGAAGGGAAACACUUAGAGAGGAUUCCUAAAAAUUCUUAGGGAAUCGGGAAUUGAUGGAAAUUUUCAUUUAGUUUUGAAUGUACAAUUUAUUUUACUGUUUUAAUUGAAAAUGUGUAUCGUGCAAAG